GUGGUUGUGAGUAUUUAAGAGUCAUUCUGGGAAAAAGAUAGAAGUAUCACUUCAUCUUUUUGCACCUUUCUUCUUCCCUAGAGAAAAUCAAAUCCAGGAAACAACCAAAAGGCAAAAUGGCUUUCUCCUUUCUAAUAAACAAAGUUUUCUUAGGGCUCUUCAUCUUGGCGGUAACUGGUUACACAGAUAUUUUCAUCCAUGCCUUUAGCAAUGGAAGAAUUCAACCUGACUGCAAGCAGUUUGAAAAACUACCACCACACAUAUGUGACAAAAAUUAUGAUCCUAUCUGUUCUACAAAUGGCAAAACACAUCGCAAUGAAUGUGAAUUUUGCAAUGUUGUUAGAGACACUCUUGACACAGUUAAAUUUAAGCAUUAUGGUCACUGCUAUCAUGUUCUCUGAUUAUAUGGACCUGGAACCCACUGCACAACUAUUGUUCUUCUCAUCUAGUGCCAGGAAGUGUAUAAUCACUGUUUCUGUGGCUUUUUACUUGAAUGUUGCAAGAAAUAUUGUUUGUUUUAUUUGUAUUUGUUAAAAUUAAAUGAUUUUAAACCAUGCACUUUA